AUGGCCGGCUGGGGAGGCUUUUUCUUUUCUCUCCUCAAUUACAAAACAGAGAAAUAUGUCAUCGCUGAAAACAAAAAAAUCGGAAUAUUACUCAGACUCUAUCAGCUGGCAGUGCUGGGAUAUAUCAUCGGGUGGGUGUUUGUGGUGAAGAAAGGAUAUCAGCAGAAAGAAGAAUCCAUCCAGAGCUCAGUCAUCACCAAACUGAAAGGAGUCACUCUGACCAACAACUCUGAGACAGGACUUCAUGUCUGGGGUGCUGAGGAUUAUGCCAUACCACCAAAUGGGGAGCAGGUGUUCUUCCUAGUAACAAAUUACAUUGAGACUCCCAACCAGAGGCUGGGAUUCUGUCCUGAGAGUUCUAAGGUGCCGGAUGGACGAUGUGUGACUAACAGUGACUGUGUUACUGGACAGACUGUAAUAGCUGGUCAUGGUAUAAAGACGGGGCUUUGCAUCAACAGCACCGGGACGUGUGAGAUCCACGGCUGGUGUCCUGUUGAAUCCAGCCAAAGACCCUCAAAGCCUUUACUGAGCGAAGCAGAAAAUUUCACCAUCUACAUCAAGAAUUUCAUCCGCUUUCCAAAGUUUGAAUUCUCCAAGUCCAAUGUCCUUGACACGGCCAAUGACAGCUACCUGAAGAGGUGUUCCUACGAGCCACAGGAACAUCCUUACUGCCCUAUUUUCCGCCUGGGAGAUCUGGUCAGCUGGACUGGACAUGACUUCCAGGACAUGGCUGUCAAGGGUGGCACUGUUGGUAUCUUCAUCGAGUGGAACUGUGAUUUAGACCAGGACUGGUCACGGUGUAGUCCACGGUACAGUUGUACUCGCUUAGACAUGAACUUGAACAACUCUGUCACAUCGGGAUACAACUUCAGAUUUGCCAGAUACUACAAGGAUCAAAACGGUGAAACCUAUCGCACCUUGUAUAAAGUGUACGGAAUUCGUUUUGAUAUAAUCGUCAACGGCCAGGCAGGAAAAUUUAACAUUAUUCCCACAAUAAUUGCCAUUGGUUCUGGUGUUGCUCUGCUUGGUGCAGGAGCCUUUGUAUGUGACAUGAUACUGCUGUACAUGAUGAACACCAGCUCCUUCUACAGAGAACGCAAGUUUGAAAUCAUCAGCUUCAAGAGGGAGCAGGCAAAACAAAAGGAAGACAAGACACGCCAGCGGGACAGGAAGUCCAGGAAAGCAGCUGCAGAGCAACAAGAUGUCAACUCUGUCAAAAAGACAGAGGAACCCAAAGCCCAUCUCCAGACUGAAGACGACAAACCAGCUGUGGAGAAACGGGGACCCACCAUUCCACGCAACACAGGACAACGAUACGCCACUGUUCUCUCCCCGCAAGGUGCCGAGCCGAAGCACCGGCUCACCUUUUCUUCACAAAACUAAGUUUGCCAGAAGAGUAAAAUCUCAGUGGUCUGGGAACCAAUAGCUGAACUCGUGGUGUCUCCUAUCGGCACAGUUCUAUACAUGUGCGGUGACUGAACAUAUGCAGGUCCAAUCGGUAUCCUGCCCUGUGCAUGGGAGUGAGGACGCUGAUGUAGAGGACUUUGCUCUAUUUCACAUCUGGGAAAUGGAACAUCAUUAAAGGCCCGUAAAUGAUGGCGUCCAAAGCUACAGACAGUGCUGAGGUGAUCACAAACAGGAAACUGCAAAAGCUUUUGAUGGUUACUGCUUCACACAGGUGAAGACUUCAUUAUGAAUUUCAGAUUUUUUACCUUUUUUUUUUUUUUUUUUUUGGUUAUCAGGUUAAAUGAUGGGGU